AUGUCUCUAUUGGAAUUUACUGUGGCUUUAUUCAUGCCAUUUGAACCUGACGCGAUCGUGGCUGUGCUCGCACUGUUUUGUGGGACGCAUAACGCUUCUAAGCAAGUCAACAACCGAGCCACGGCAAAAGAAAUUGAUAAAAUAAUUCCUCAACUGACGAAUAUUCUUCGAUACGCUGAUAUAAGAAAAGAGAUUUACCAGUUUACUUUACAAGUGAUGCAUCAUCCAUUGAAGGUAACUGGGAUGGGUCUUUUCUAUCUUGGCAACGAGUGCCUUCAAAAGUUUAGCGUGACGGUUCUAACGUUUGUUAUUAUUAUGGCACAAAUGGAAAUACGCGUCGGUCCUAAAAUACUUAAUACUGUGUUCUCAAAAAUUCAUUACUUCACUCUGCAAACAAUGCAUCAUCCAUUGAAAUUCAAUGGAAUGCGUCUCUUCUAUUUUGGUCAUGAGUUUCUUCGACAGAUAUUUCGCAAAUGUUUAAAAAAGUUGAGUUUUGUGGAUAAUACAUUAGAACUGCUUGGUACACCCAAAGAAUAUCACAAAAUACGAAACUCAAUCAAUUGGAUUUUUAUUACUUGGUUUGUAAUAAUCUGCAUGACAUGGUUUCUUGAUUCUUUAUGGUUAAUAGAAAAAUAUAACGAUAUAAGAGCCAUGUUCAUUCCCAUGAUUAAAAAUUAUCCUUUAUACAUUAAUAUCUUUAUGGACCUAAUGUAUGUGUUUCUAUUAAGCUUUAUAGGUACUAGAUUAGAUAAAAUAAACGGUCACAUUAAAGAAUUGUCAGAGAUUGAAGAAUAUGAGAUAAGAUGCACAUGGAAAAAGUCCCUCAUCGUCAUUCGACCUUAUAUGCGUGGCGCAGGAAAUCGCAAGCAUGUAUUGUGGAUUGCAAUACAAAUAUACAAUGGUAAUACAACGCAAUUGAAGCUAAUAUUUUCCUGGAACAUAUGGUUUACUGUAUGUUUAAUAAAAAUUAUGUUAUUUAAUCACACAUGUGAAAACAUUAGCACCAAGGCAAAAAAGACUGAAGAUUUAAUCCAUAAAUUAACAAAUUGUAUCUGUUUUGCUGAAACACGCGAAGAGAUUUUACAAUUUGUUUUACAAAUAUCACUUCGCCCAUUAAAGUUUAGUGGAUUAGGUCUAUUUUACUUUGGUUACAAAUUCAUUUGUAAGUUUUUUAUCCGGAUACUUACUACUGUUAUCUUCUUGCUGCAAAUAGAUACUCCUUCCGUUUCUCAAAUAUUAAUUCCUGAUAGAAGUAAUACAACAUGUUAA